AUGGAAGAAUUGGAUGUCACCGAAAGGGAGAUCUUCGCACAUGUACAGAACACAACAUUCUCUCAAGAACUGAAACUGUUUGCAGUUCCAGGAAAUAGUAACGAGCUUGACAAGGCACUACUCAGAAAAUCAGGAAUCUCCAUCCGACAAUUAAAUCCAAUGAUGGUGAACGGCUUACUAAAGGUUGGAGGCAGGCUUGGUAAUGCGCCAAGCAAUGGGAAAUCAAAACAUCCUAUUAUUCUACCCUUCAAGCAUCCCGUCACAGAUAUGAUAAUUCGUCAGCAUCAUGCUGAAGUAGGUCAUAUGGGUCAAGAAUCCGUCUUAUCAUCACUAACAAAGGAAUUCUGGAUAAUUAAAGGAAGAACAGCAGUUCGACGCGUAGUACGAAGUUGCCUAGCUUGUCAAAGAAGAAAGGCUCGUUUGGGUGAGCAGCUAAUGUCAGAUCUACCAGAAAGCCGAGUGACACCUCAAAAACCUCCUUUUACUAUAGUAGGAAUCGAUUAUUUUGGACCCAUGCUGGUGAAAAGAGGUAGAUCGUUGGUGAAAAGAUAUGGUUGCCUUUUCACAUGUUUCACGACCCGAGCAAUCCAUAUAGAAAUAGCUCAUUCCUUGGGUACAGACUCGAUGAUCAAUGCUCUCAGGAGAUUUAUUAGCAUGCGAGGAUGUCCCGAGCAAAUCAGGAGUGAUAGAGGAACAAAUUUUGUGAGUGCUAACAAGGAAUUGAACAAAGGAAUUGAAGAAUGGGAUCAAAGUAAAGUGGACAAAUUUUGUACGCAAAGAAGAAGUAAGUGGCACUUUAACCCGCCUUCAGCGAGCCAUAUGGGAGGCGUAUGGGAGAGAAUGAUACGAUCUGUUAGGCAAAUCCUGAAAGCAAUUCCCAAGGAACAAGUAGUUUCAGACGAAGUCCUGCAAACCGUGAUUGCAGAGGUGGUUCUAAUCCUGAAUUCAAGACCCCUCACGCGCAACAGUGAUAGUCCUGAAGAUGACGAUCCUCUAACUCCAAACCACUUAUUGCAUUUACGAGCAAGUAGUAGUUUACCCCCGGGAUUAUUUGACAAAAAUGAUUUGUGCUGUAAGAAGAAUUGGAAGCAGGCUCAAUACUUAGCAAAUGUUUUUUGGCGUAGAUGGCUCAAAGAAUACUUACCAACAUUAAUGGAGAGAAAGAAAUGGUACACACCGAGACGGAAUCUUAAAAAAGGAGAUCUAGUACUUGUAGCUGACGAAAACUACCCAAGAGGACAAUGGCCGAUAGGUCUCGUUAUAGAAGCAAUAGCAAGUAAUAACGGUUAUGUGCGGACAGUGAAGGUUGAACAAUUGUUACAAGGUGACUAUGCAAUUACACGAGCUGCACAAGUCAGAAACCUUCGUGGAGACUCUAGUCAUUCACACUUGUUGCGACGUUCUAUCAGGCAACUUAUCCCAAUUGAGGUUGAUCAGGAAGAAGACAGUAACGAAAGUGUAGAGAGCGAUAAGAACGGCGAAGAAGAACAAGUGCUUCGUCCAACUGAUCGACCACAGCGCAGCACGGGAAUAACAGGACAGUUGCGAAGAUUGCAGAAUACAAACAAGUUCUAA